AGCUGGCGCUGUUCCUGGUGGCCGCGGGCCGCCCCUGCCCCGGGCGCACGGGCGCGGAGCCGCCGGGCAAGCGCGUGCCCAGGGUGGAGGACGGCGGCGGGCGCCGCGUGGAUCAUCGUGAGGCGUGGGCCACGUUUUGGCCGCUGACCGUGCUGGCGCCGUGGGCCUGGCUCGGCUUCGCGGCCUGGUGCGUGGCGCGGCGCGGGCGCUUCCGAGGCGGCGCGCCGCUGCACGCGUGGACGCGGCGCUACGGGUGCGUGGGCGCCGUCGGCGGGGCCUCGGCGCUCGCCUAUCCGCUGGGCCGCUGCUUCCGCCACGUCCUCUUUCUGCUGACCGUGCUCGGCUACUUUGCCGGCCAGGGCGUCCAGCUUCACCUGACGGUCCUGCGGUUGCGCGCUCUGGAGCAGCGCGGGCUGGCGCGGGGCGCGAGCGGGGCCGUGGCUGUGUUCUCGGCGUGCGGCGCCGCGUGGGCCCUGGUCGUCAACUUCCUGCCGGGGCGCCAGGUGCUUCAGGCAGGCCUGGAGGCGGCGAUGGGCGCCGCCUACGUCGCCUUCAACUGCUGCGCCGUGCAGGGCCUGCUGGCCGGCGCCGCGCGCGUGGCCCGCUCCAGGAGCCCGCUGGCCCGGGGCGCGGCCCGCCUGGUGCGCCUGGCCGCCGGGGCGGCCUCGGCCUCCGCGCUCUCGUUCGUCGCCGUCGCGGCGGCCCAGCUGGUCGUGGGGCAGGAGACCCUCGAGUUCAACGCCGCCGUGGCCGCGGACGUCGUGCUCAACUGCGUCGCCGUGGUGCUCCUGUCGGGCCUGGAGGGGCCGGACGAGCUCCGCCAUGCCGCGGAGGAGGCCUUCCAGCUCAUCAACCAGUACCGCGACGACCAGCUGCAGAGCUUCUAUCUAGAGUACUUGGACUACCUGGAUGCGGCGCAGGUGAAGUGGGUCAAGUGCGGGUACCUCCGGCGAUUAGCCGAGGCCGGGGCGACCAUGCCGCGGUGCCAGGAGGUGCCGAUCAGCGAAGCAGUCGUCGGCAGCUCGGGCUUCCCGCGCGACAGGAACGAGCCUAAGCACAGGUUCGUCCUGUCGCACCCGUGGUUGUCGAGGGAGCAUCCCGAUCCGCAUUCGGCGAAGCUGCAGCAACUGGUGCAGCAGCUGGGCCUCCUAGGCGCAUCUGACUCCGACGCGGUCUUCAUCGACUACAUGGGGCUCCCCCAGUACAACCUGCAAGACCCAGAGUAUCGGCGCUUGGAGCUGGAGGACAAGGUGCCCAAGCUUGGUGAGCACCCUGCUGUCCGCACAGUGGCGGAGGAGGCGUUGUUCCAGAAGGCCCUUAGUUCGAUGGAGCUGCUAUACAGCGUAGGCAACACGCCCGUCAUUGUCCUGCCCAUGAACGACGAGGUUGCUGCUAGUACAGAGUACUUCUCCCGUGGCUGGUGCUACUUCGAGUUCUCCCUCGCGUUCAGUUUCAAUAACAUAGUGAACGCUGAGUUCCACGCUCCUGUGAAGCAGAUGCUCGAACGAGCUGUAACACUGAAAGUGAACACAGUGGAUGGUUUCCGAGAGGGGUUCAGAGCGACCCACUUCACGAACAAGGGCGACAAGGCAGUGGUCUUCAACCUCUUCCAGCAUACCUUGGACAAGGCAAGAAGGUGAAGCAGCGGUGACGUCGGCGUGGACUGCGGAAGGGGGAGGACGACGGAGGGCAAGGGCGGUGGACCAGCGCUUUGCGGCAAGGUGACGGAUCACACUGCGCGACCUCUUGCCAAGACUGCCCGCGACGUGCCGCGUGCUGGUGCCGUUUCUGAAGUGAUCCAUUGUUUCAGCCGCUGUCGGAUGCACAGUGGCUACCGUUGUCGCCGUCUGGAGCAGCACUGUGCACGGCUGGGAGGCAUCAUGGUAUGCUACACCGUGCCAUUGCUCCCAACAGGGCCCGCAGAGGCCAACAUCGCUGUCGGGCGUUGGGUUGAUCACUGAGGCUCUCCAGAGCGAGCAGUACAGUACUGCCACUUUUAUGCUUGGAGUUUGCUGCCAUCUUUGGUGAAAAGACCAGGUCGUUCCACAGCGAUGCGGGCUCAACGAGCCGACGGUCGUUGCUGCGGAAUCCAGACGGCGGCCAGACUCUUCACAGCGAUGCUGGCUCAAUGAGCCAGCAAUCGUUGCUGCGAGCACGACGGCAGGGACGCUGCCAUCAGUGGCGACAGGAGCAGGUCGCUCCACCGCAAAAUGGGAUGCCACACACAUGUUUCGGAGAG